CAUAAAACUGACCCUCGCUGUGGAACGAAACUGAUAUUUGGUAAAGAUGAAACUCUCACUUGGAAUUCUCUGUGUUCUGGUCCUCUGGGGUCUUCAGCAAAUACAGGACUGUAGAGGACAGGCUCUGAUUGGCUCUUCUCUGCCAAUAAUGGCUAUAGUUGGUGAUGAUGUCAUUCUGCCGUGUUUUCUCCAACCUCCCAGAAACGCUGCAGCUUUAACUUUUGAGUGGACCCGACCAGACCUGCAGCCCAGAUUUGUAUUUGUUUGGCGACAGAAUGAGAUAAGAGACAUAAAAAAUCCACAUUUUGUCAACAGGGCGUUUCUGUUCCAAGACGAGUUGAAACAUGGGAACAUUUCACUGAAACUGACAAAUGUGAAACCAAAGGACAGUGGCGUCUACAGGUGCUUCAUCCCUGCACUGGAAAAGGAAACCUCCAUCAAACUAACUGUUGGCUCCUCGUCCCCAGUGGUGGUGUCUGUAGCAGAGGUGGAUGUGUGGGGUCCACGUGUGGUGCUGCACUGUGCCUCUGGGGGCUGGUCUCCGGAGCCUGAGCUGUGGUGGCUGGACUCUGAGGGGAGGCUGCUGUCUGUGGAGCGCUCUGUGUCUGUGUCUGAUGGAGUCUAUGAGGUCAGCAGCAGAGUGACUGUGAAGCAGAGCGGCACCUUCAACUGCACCGUCACCCAGAGCUCCACCAACCUCUCAGAGUGGAGCAGUGUGCAAGUGGAAGAUGAUGUUUUUACGCUGAAGAUUUUUCCCCUUGUCAUUGGUUUAAUGAUUGGACUGCUUGUUUUAGCUGGAGUUUCCAUUAUUGUGUCGAUUCUCUUUUGCAUAACUAAACAGAAAUAUUCCCAGCAGGAAUCCAAGUUUCAAGAGGCGUCCUGUGCUGACAAGGCUGGAAAGACGUCUUCUCAGGCAAUCGCUCCUAGUGUCAACAAAGUCAACAAAGAACAAAAACCACCUCAUAGACUGUUCACUUUCAUUUUAUUGUAUUUUACUGCAAUUUAA